UCAAACUUCUGAGGAAAAAAAACCUUGGCAGCACCGAAACAAAUUUCUGUUCCUUCUUUCUUCUCUCUAUUCGAACAAGACUCAGAACAAUAACCACAAAGAGAAGCCAUGAAAAGAAGAAUCAAAGAACUUCUACGCCUCUCAUUUUCAUCUCCACACUCUAAAAUUCACCACCAACCACUCUCAAGAUCAUUACAACCCACUUCUUCUCAAUGUUCAACAUCUUUCUCAACCUUUUCAAAAUCCCAAAGGGAUUCACUGAUUUUCCAACAGUUUAAAGAAAGGAAACUCAAAGGGUCAUCAAAAGACUCAAUUUUUAACCCAAAAGUUUCAAAUUCAGUUCCAGAAAGUUUUGAUACUAACGUUGAGAAAACAGUCCAAGAGGGUUUGGAAAAUGAGAGUGAAAAUGAAGAUUCUAUGGUGGUUGCUAACUUUAAGGAAUUGGGUUUGAGUGAAGUUCUUGUUGAGGUUAUGGAAGAGAUUGGUGAUUUUGUACCAACUGAGAUACAGUGUGUUGUUAUUCCAACUAUUUUGGAAGGGAAGAGUUUGUUGUUGAGUUCACCUUCUCAACCUGAUAGAACAUUGGCCUACUUGUUGCCCCUUAUUCAGCUGCUACGACGAGAUAGAGAGUUGCUUGGUUCGAAUUCAAAGCAUCCUCGAGCUGUUGUGCUUUGUGCUUCCGAGGAGAAAGUUGAACAGUGCUUUAAUGCAGCAAGAUAUACCAUCCAUAAUGCAGAAUUGAAGUCUGCAAAGAAUCGUGCUUCAUCGGAUAACGAAAAGUCAAAUUCCUCAAUUGGCUUAAUGAUUGGAACUCCUUGUGAGAUUCUUCAAUACAUUGAUGAAGGGAUUGUUGUUCCUGCAGAACUAAAAUACUUGGUAUUGGAUGAAGCCGAUUCUAUGCUUGGUAACCACCUUGGUCCUGAAAUCCAUAAAAUUAUCCGACCAUUACAAAAUCAUGACUCCAAAUUCAAUGCCAAUAGAUUGCAGACAAUUUUGGCAAUUUCAACUAUAGCUGAGGUUUUGGGUGAAAAGUCGGCCAUUGUGGAACGUCUCGAGAGCAAUCAUGCCGGAAAUAUUUCUGCAUUGUCUAUAGAAAUGGAGGAAGCAGAAAUUUUUCAUUUGACUGACUCUCUGGAUGCUCUUAGGAAAAAAUUGGAGGAGGCCAUGAAUUCCCUUUAGAAAUGACAGCAACAUUUUGAGGACAUCCUUUGAUCAUCAUAAAGAGGACAACUAAAGUUGUUGAGAUAUGGAAGAGGACGUCCGUUGUUGCUGCUCAUUAGAAAGAAGAGGCGGUGUACCUGCAAAGACUCCAAUGCUCAAAUAACAAGGAUUAACUAAAUGGAAAACAAACAUUUCACUGAGGUGGAGGCCCUUUUGUAUGUGUACGAGACUCUAGGCUAUUUGGAGACACAUUUUUUUUUUGGGGGGAAAGUGUGUUGUUUUUAGCGACGUUUUUUUUCUUCUAUUUUUCACAUUUGAGGAUUCAUCCCUUCACACAUUGAAUGCUGAUAGGACUUUUGAGUGCUUUGGUCGCAUUAAUUUUGGUGAGUUGUGAUAGUUGCAUUGAAACAAUGUCUUAAGCUUGUCAGAUUGAAAAAGGAUGAUAUUUGGCU